AGAAAUGACUAAUACCCUUUCAUGACUCUAUUCGCGACGUUGUUCUUGUCUAGGGCUGAUGGGGCGCACAUCCUCUGGAAUACCGGACGACUCUACGGCCACAACAUUUUUUUAAUCCUGCGACUGUACAGAUUUACGAUGCUUUCACACAUAUACCACUGGAUUGCGGAGCCCUCGGGAAUCCUAGACGAACGGCGUUUUCGUACCAUUGUCAUGAAAAGGGCAUAAUCGGUUUACUUCUUUUUUGGUCAUUCUCUGCAUUUUCGGUUUUUUUUCAAAGCCUUUGUUGAUGUUCUUCGCAACAAAGCGCACGGUGUUACACUUGGUGGGAUGGAUGAACGAAAACCACACGAUGCACAUUCAGUCGGAUUCUUUGACUUUUGGGCGCAGGCAUAUAUUUUCCGCAUGCUUGGGUUUCUGCUUCUGCUGUUUACAAUCCUUCUCUUCUUGUUUACGACUCUCACACAGGGAAAGAAAGGUUUCAUGGCUGGUCGGGGCGGAGAUUCGGUGUCUUUGUUAUUUGAGUUAUGGUUUGGCAACAAUCGUCGUCGAGCGAGCGAGAGGAGUCUUUAUUGUCGGUUAUACCACAUGUCGGGGAGAUUCUGGGACACUGGGAGUUGUUUUUGCGGUUUCGCUAUUUCGUAUCUCUUGUCACUUUCCUUUUCCUUUCUUCACAGAUUUUCUCUCACUACUGGUCCUCUUGAUCAUGCUGGUGUCGGGUUUGGACUACGGAAAAAUACAAGCUCUUCUACUUCUGUAUUUGAUCUUGUCCUAGUCGUGAUGUGUUGGUGCUGUUGGUACAUGAUGAAUCCUACGAGCUGCACAGCAGCACAGCUACUGCCAUGGGACCUUGCAUUGCAGCAAGCAUUCGACUCAGCCUCUCUCGCCUUGGGUUCUACAGGGUUGAAGCUUGGCUGCCUACAAGCAUUUGGACGGCACAGUCGACAGGAACAGAGAUCUCCAUCAGCACAGGUAGUCAGACCGACAAGAGUAUAAUCGAGCCUUUGAAAGCAUAAACUUAUUCAUCUCGUGAAGUGGCUUGAUGAAACAC